AUGCUGCGAGUGUUCAUCUCUGUGCUUCUUGUGGUUGGUACUGCCGGUUCUGAGGUAGUGCCGGCCGUGGAAGCACAUCGGGCGUUCGGAUUUUUGGACGGCGCUGAUUCCAGCUUCAAGAAGACUUAUAAUGAUCUACUGAUGCAGCAUGAUAUCCCAAAAAAGGACCUGCAGAAGAAGAUUGACGAGUUUGUGGGCACGUUGCCAAAGGAAAACCAGGUGAGAAUGUGCGGCUUCACUCUUGUAGAGCUGGCUGUUCCAGGAGAUGUACAAAACGUUCAGAGAGUUUGUGGAGAAAAGGCAAAAGGAGUUGGACAGGCAGCAUGACUUGAGGCAUGCUACUCUCGCCGCCAGGGUCCAGGAAAUGGAUGAUAAAGUUACGGUAGGCAAUUUCUCUUUACCCGUACUACUUGUAUUACGUCUACAAGAUAGAAUUCCCCUUUUUCUCACACAAAACUUGCAGGCACUCUACAAAGACCAGAACCUUACCACUAUGGAAGAGUGUGUGCAAAUCGCCGCUCUGUGGCCACAAUAUACCAUUGUCGAUCAGCUGCAGAUCCCAGCGGUGAUCCCCUGCGAGAAGUACAAGUAUCGUAUGAAUUAUUAG